AUGGAUGAUUCAAACAUCCCUGUCAACAAUGACAUUAUUAUUAGUUAUGAUCCAUUGGACUUAAAUUCUUUGGACACAGAUAUAUCUCCCUCAAAUCGGGCCACUGUACAUAAUGUUUGUGUUGGAAUGCAAACAUCCGGGGCUUCUGGUAAACCGGAAGUGAAAACAAAAGUAAACAAUCCGAGGAAACGCCGGAAUUGUAAUACUCCCACUGGUGAGACCAUUAAUAACCCCAAGACCCGGAAAACAAAUGUAGUAAGAUCGACUGUUGUCAAGUCGGGUCGUAAGGUGCCGACUAGGCCUACUGUUAACUUUAGCCAUGGCCAUCUGAAUGAGGGGAGUAAGUCCAACUCCAGUGUUGGUAAUAAACCAUGUACAGUAGGUUCGAGUGAAUACUACGAUUUUUCAUCGGCACUUAACAAUGAGCAGAAUGAUUCUGUUUAUGAUUAUGAACAUGAUUAUGACCGUGAUAUAUAUUUGGAUUGUGACCCUUCAACGUUUACUGAGAUGCGAAAUAACAAUCCUAGUACUACUAGCUCUUAUAGUAAUUGUAGGCCUAAUGAUAAUAGUGUUGUUCUUCUUAAUCGACAGGAGUACCAAGAUAUGAAGAAUGAAAUGGCUGCCAUGAAGAAUUUUUUACAGGCAAAUAUUCCUAUUGUUCAGGAAGUUAAGAAUGACAGGCGUACCGGUGCUCCUACCGAACUACACGACACCAGUAACGAGCCUAUAAUCGAUUUAGUUGACCCAGAGUCAAUGUAUGAUGAAUUCCUUAAAGAAUUUGAGGACCCUGAUGAAUUUGACAUUCCAAAAAUCUUUCAGGGGGAUGAUCUCUUUGCUAAACCAGCUAAGGAUAGCAUCUUAAAUCUGGUCAAUGUUGCCACAUCUAAAAGGGUCGAAAUUGGCAAAAUGGCUUCUAAGUAUCCAUUGCCUGUUAAUUGUAAACGUCUUGUCCCUCCUUUAAUGGAUGGUGACGUUUGGAGUGUCUUGCCAAAACAGGCCCAGGCUCAGGAUAGCUCUUUGCAAGACGUACAAAAGCUCAUUGGCCUCAGUAUAGUCCCCCUCCUCCCUUUACUUUCCUUGAGUGACAAACAGGAAGUGAAGAAUAAUGUGGUUGAUUCCAUAGUUACAAUGGGAAAUGCCAUGUUGGAAUUAUCCUUUAGAAGGAGAAUUUUUCUCAAACGUUUUCUGAGCAAGAGAUACCACACCUUGUGUUCGACAAGUCGCCCCGUUGAUGAAACCCUAUUUGGCCCAGAUGUUGCGACACGUAUGAGAGAUAUCGAUCAGUCUAAUCGCCUCUAUUCUAACUUGAAUAACAAUUCUAAUAGAAAUUACAGAUUUAAUAAUAGACGAUCUUUUUUAGGCCAGGGCUCAGUCGGCCGCUCAAGAGGCAGGUUUCGGUCAAGGGGGCGUUCUCGGGGAAGAUAUUCCCGAGGACAGAAUUACCAGCAUCCUCAAACAACUACUCAGCCACAACAGUCUGCUUAA